GUUUAAUCAAACUAUGCAAUAGGAAUUAGCAGAGCUGAAAGGUUUGAUUAUGCAGACUUUGGAAGCUAAUGGUUAAUUGGCAAAAAUUAGGGCAUCGAUUAGAGCUUCAGUUUUUAAUGUAGUUGAUUCCACAGACAAUAAUGAAAAAAUCUCUCCAUUUUUUAGCGAAAAUAGAAAAGUUCAGUCAAUAAAAGAAUUAGAAACAGGUAGGGAAUUGCUUGAACUUAUAAAAGAAUUUCUUAAUUUUUACGAAAUGAGUUACACAAAUUCUAUUUUCUCAAGGUAUUGAUCUAUAAUCAAAUUUAGCGAAGCUAAUCUUAGGGAAGAAAUUAAUAGAGAUGCUAUUUCCAAAAGAUUACAAAUAAAUAUCGAGGACAAAAAUAAACCUCUGCUUCAUUUUGUAUUGGUUUAAGCCUAAAAAAAUUAAAAGUUGCAAUAAUCAUAAAGCACAAAAACAUUUGGAAGUAUUUUUUCAAGUUAAGAAAUGUUAUCCCCUUAAAAAAGUAUUUCCUCUUAAAUAUCCAAAAAUAAACCUUAGAUUGGUGCUUCAUAAUAGGAAUUUCUGAAGAAACAAAAGGAGCAAUUCAAUUUAUUAUAGGAGUAAGAAAAUAAGAAGAGAUAAAAAGAGUUUUAGAAGAAAUAAAGAGAGGAACUCUAACAACAAGAGGAAAUUAAGCUUUAAAAAUUAAAUAGAGAAAAAGAGGAGAAUCAAUUGUAAGAGGAAAAGCUCAAACUUGAAAAGUAAAAAUUGGAAUAGAUUAAAAUGAAUUAAGAAUUACAAUAAAAGAGUUUAGAAAUUGAACUUUAAAGAUAAGCACAAUUAAACUAGGAAUCUGAAUUAAAGUAAUAACAAUUAGACUUGCAAAAAAAAUUAAUUGAAUAAUAACAACUAGCCUAAGAAAUUUAGGACAAUAAAUAAAUAUAAUAGUUUGAAGAAAAACAACAGGAAGAAUAAUAAAAAUUAAUAGGUAUACAGCAAAACGUUAAAGAAACUGAAUUAAAAUUGAAUACGAUUCUUUAGGAGAAAACUAAAAUAGCUGAUGAACUUCGAUUAAUUAAAGAAUAAAUUUUGGUAGAAAACAAUAAGCUAUUUUAAUUAACAGAAUAAAUAUAAUUAGAAGAAAGUAAUUUAUAAAAACUAUAGUAACAAAUAAUUGUUCAAUAAGAAAAUAAAUAGAAAUUCGAAAACGAAUAGAAUGUUAUCAAGUAAGAGGUAAUAAAAUUUUAGGAUGAAAAAAAGACAAUUUAAGAUUAAAUUGAUCAAUUAAGACAAUAGUUAACCGAAGAAGAAUAAAACUUAGAAAGUUUUAAAUAAAAUAAAGUAUAAGAAGUUCAAGGUUUAGAAGAAAAGUUCAAAUAGUUUUAAUUUGAUAAUAAUGAAUUAGAUAAAAAGUUAGCUUAAUUAAAUAUCCAAAAAAAGGAGUUGUAGUCUUAAAUUGAACAAUAAUGUAAAUUAUAAAUAGAAAUUUCAGGGGAAUAAGAAAAAUUUGAAAUUGAAAAAGUAGAAAUAUCAAAAUAAAUUUAAGAAUUACAAAAGGAAAAUAAAGAUUUAAUUGAAGGGAGAAAUUUUUUGUUAAAUUAAAUAGAUGAGCUUAAUAAUUAAUUGAAUAAUGCAAAAAAUGAAAUAGAUGAAUACAAGAAUUAAUUGCUAAUAGGAUAACUAGUGCCAGAUGAAGUGGAAGUUGUUUCUUCUAAAAUAAACUAAGUAAUGAUUUUUUUUAUUAUCUUAGAAAGGUAGCGAAGUAGAUGCAAAAGCAACAAUAGACCCGUAUUUAGAAACUGAGUUAGUGCAUACUCAGUAUUAAGAUAAUGAUGAUUUUGAUUAUGACGAUCAUCUUUCGUUUUGA